AUGAACUGUCCAUCGCGCACCGACGAGCCGCCAUUGACGGACCAUCCGACCUGGAACCAGAAUCCGCCCUUCUUGUCGGGCGAUCUGACGACUUGCCAGGACCUCAAUGGCAUCGCCAACGCGCGUGAGCACCGCGACGGCUCCGGAAGCGCCGCCGGGGCCGGCGAUGAGCACGGUGGAAAGGACACGCGGAGCGACGGCUGGGCUGUGGCUGAUCGACUGCCCGUCGAGGACGAGGGGCGGAAGGGGACGGCUUGGGGAUGGGGCACUCUUGAUGUAUCCCAUUCCCAAGCCAAGGGAGAGACUGGCGGUGAAGGCCAUUCACUCUCGACGGCGGCAGGAGGCGCUGGCUUCGGCGCCGUCGCUGCUGCCACUGCAGCGACCCCUGCACCACGUUCUGUUUUCGGCUGGGUCUCCUGGGCCGCCUCGGUCCUGGUCUGCGCUGCCAUCUUGUCGGCCUCUCGGCUUCCAGAGUUCCUGGCGGAAGCUCUGUUUGGCACCACGCAGACCGAUUUUGUUUGUAAGACAUUCAAUGAGAUUACUAACUGCAGUGAAACCAUCUUCCCUCCAGCAGUAGAAAACACGUCCACCACCACCACCAUCAUCACCAGCACCCUCGCCGUGGAUGCCACCACGCUCGGCAAGCGGUCGACAUGCGCGACGGGCGGCUUCCUCUCCGAGGAGGAGUACAACACGCCGCUGCACGUCGGAGCGCUGCUCAUCAUCCUGAGCGUCUCCUUUGGGGCAUGCGCCUUCCCCAUUGUGGCCUCGCGCAUCCCGCGUCUGCGGCUUCCCGCCCGCUUCUUCUUCGGCGUGCGCCACUUUGGCACCGGCGUGCUGCUGGCCACGGCGUUUGUGCACCUUCUGCCGACCGCCUUUACGCUGCUGGGGAACCCCUGCCUGUCGAGCUUCUGGGUCAGCGACUAUCCGGCCAUGCCGGGCGCCAUCGCCCUCGCCGCCGUGUUUUUCGUCACCGUCAUCGAGAUGGUUCUGCAACCCGCUCGGCACCUCACCGAGCCCGAUGCGUCCUCAUCCACCGGCGGCGGCUGCAUGAGCGCCGCUGCCGUGUUGCAGCGGCAGGAGCGGCCGCGGAGGACCGCUGCAUCGUCCCAGGACACGUCUUCCGAGGAUGUAAACGCCGCUUUUUCGGAACGGCCCAUGUCGGUGGAGAUGCGGCCGAUCGGUGGGAACGCCAACUCGUUGGGCAGACAGCUCUCCCACCUCGGGCGGGCCGACGACCAGACCACGACCGGCCUGACGCCUACGCCCGGUGGCAGUGGCCAAGCUAGCGAUAGGCUUGACGACAAGUCCGUGGUCGUGGACGAGGAGAACCGCUUUCCGGCAGGCGCUGGUGGCCACCUCCAGCUGACGCCGCAGCAGCAACACCAAAAGGACGUGCUGCAGUGCAUGAUGCUCGAGGUUGGAAUCUUGUUCCACAGUGUCUUCAUCGGGAUGACGCUGAGCGUGUCGGUUGGGCAGGCGUUUAUUGUUCUGCUUGUGGCGAUUGCUUUCCACCAAACCUUUGAAGGAUUGGCGCUUGGCUCGCGGAUCGCGAACAUCAAUUGGGAGAAGGGCUCAUGGCAGCCUUGGAUGAUGGCGCUGGCGUACGGAUGCACAACGCCGCUCGGUCAGGCGAUCGGCAUCGCGACUCACAGGCUCUACAACCCAGAGUCCGAGUUCGGUCUCGUCCUCGUCGGCACCAUGAAUGCAAUCUCGUCGGGUCUGCUGGUGUUUGCAUCGAUGGUCGAGCUGCUAUCCGAGGACUUCCUCAGCGACGAGAGCUGGCGCAUCCUCCGCGGCAGGCGCAGGGUUUGCGCAUGCUUCCUCGUGCUCUUUGGUGCCAUCGGCAUGAGUCUCGUCGGGGCCUGGGCUUGA